AUGGCAGACGAUAAUCACCCCGAGAAGCCGGAAGGCGGUGGUAAUAACACCACGCCCAGAGAAGAAGACGUCCCGCAGUGGCCCUCCAUUGAUGAGAGGCCAUCCUCUGAAUUUCUCGGCGAGGAGAAAUGGCGGGUUUCGAUCUUCAACCCCGACUCGGACGAUAGUACGGUCGCCUUGCCAGAUCUCGGCGACAAGGGCUCCUUGCCGUCCUACUGCGAGGACGAGGACGAUGACGAGGAGGCCAUCCUCCCGGCGUGGCUGACCGAGGCCUGGCAAGAAAAGGCCCAGCUAUCCAAGGAGUGCACCUCGGCGCCGGCAGCGGAAGCUGACGAGAGCAAGGAGACUCAAGUCGACGAGCCGGUGGCAGAUGAUAAGCCUCAUCGGGGGAGCAGGAUCUCUUCCGCGGGGUUCCGCUGCUCGCAAUGCGGCCACUACCGCCGCGAUUCCAUGCGAUCCUCGACCACGUUUGGAAACGGACCGCAAUUGCCCACAGAACAUCAACACGAAUCCUGCCUCCGACGCCCGGCAUCUUUAUCUCUCUUCCCACGCACAAGACCACCCUCACCCCUGAGCACCCAGCGCGCUUUCCCCCUGUCCGUUAAGAGGGUCCCUUCCAAGGCCGUGUCGGACGCGCAGACGUUCUACAGCGCGCAGGAGGGGGAGGGCGUCAACUCCCCGGAGCCGCACUCGGAAACUGCAUCCGUCAUAUCCUCCAUCUUCGCCACGCCGUUGCGGCACCUCGCGAGCAACCCAUCGCUCAGGGGCUCCUUGUCUACCGACACGGCGACGAGCGAGGAACAGCGCGUUACGCCCAUUGCGGAGCAGAGACACCCGGGCAAGGCCGGCGCGCGAAUCAGCCGCUUCACGAGGCCGUUCGAGCCGGACAUUGACGAGGAGGACGACGGCUCGGGGUACCGGCGGCAGGUGAUGGAUAUGGAGGUGGUGCGGGCCGAGAAACAAGGCUCGGAGCUGACCCAGACGGCGGACGGGAAGGACGAGAAGGAAGAGUGGGUCGAGGGGUGGCGGCUCGCGUUCCUGCUGCUGGGCAUCUGUCUCGUGGUGUUCUUGAUAUCCGUCGACCGCACCAUACUCACGACGGCCAUUCCCUACAUCACGUCCGAGUUCCAGUCGACGGCGGACAUCGGGUGGUACGGCUCAGCCUAUCUGCUGACAGCUUGCGCCUUCCAACCCGUCUUUGGCAGGGUCUUUAUGCUCUUCUCCAUCAAGUGGUCGUACAUGCUGGCCAUGUUCAUGUUCCUAGUCGGAUCACUCAUCUGCGGCCUUGCGCCCAACUCGGUGGCGCUCAUCGUCGGUCGUGCCGUGGCCGGGUUCGGGAGCGCUGGCAUCCUAACCGGCAGCUUCGUCGUCGUGGCGAUGGCGGUGCCCUUGCGGCUCCGUCCUAUCUACACCGCCAUCGUCGGUCUGAUGUUUGGCCUCGGAGCCACUGUCAGUCCUCUACUUGGAGGCGUAUUCACAGACCUAGUCACCUGGCGAUGGUGCUUUUACAUUAACCUCCCCGUCGGAGGCGUCACCGUCCUAGUCUUUCUUCUGUUCCUCCACCCCCAGCGACGCCCGCGCCACGAGCAGACCUUCUUCGACAGGUUCAUGGACCUCGACAUCGUCGGCAACGUGUUGCUGCUCGGCGCCUGCGUGAUGCUGUUCCUAGUGCUCGAGUUCACGGCGCAGGGGGAGGCAUGGUCGAGCCCCCGGGUGGCCGGCUUGCUCGCCAGCGCCGGCGCGACGGCGGCCGUCUUUGCGGCAUGGCAGUGGUGGAAGCAGGACGGCGCCCUGAUCCCGCCGGCCAUCGUCACGCAGAGGACGGUAGCCGCUUCGUGUGUCGCCGCGUUUGCCACAUACGGGGCGCUGCUGAUCCACUCUUACUUCCUGCCACUCUGGUUCCAGGCCGUCAAGGGCGAGAGCGCCACCUCGUCGGGCGUGGACAUGAUCCCGUACGUCGCCACGAACGCCCUCUUCUCCCUCUUCUCAGGCUUCUUCGUCUCCGUUGUCGGCUACUUCGUGCCACCGGCCGUGGUCGGGGGCGUGAUCGCGACGGCCGGGUGCGGCGUCUUCUUGCUGCUGUCUCAGGACUCCCCGACGACGCAGUGGAUCGGCUUUGAGAUCCUCGUGUCGGCGGGCUUUGGCAUGUCUAUUCAGCAGGGCUUCACGGCCGUCCAGGCCAUCUUGCCUCCCGACGACAUCUCCAUCGGAACCGCGGCCGUCGUGGCCUCGCAGUCUUUGGGCGGCGCCAUCUUCAUCUCCGUCGGAAACACCUUGUUCCAAAAUCACCUCCUACAGGCCUCGGCGCAAAACAUGGUCCCAGGCGUCGACAUUCGCGCGGUGCUCGAGGGCGGAGCGACGGCUUUCCGUGACGUGGUCCCGGCCAGCGCGCUGCCGAUGAUGCUCACCGUGUACAACGAGGCUCUCCGGGUAGCGUUCACGGCAGCGAUUCCCUUGGCUGGCGUGUCGGUUAUCGCGGCUUGCUUCAUGGAAUGGAAGUCGGUGAAAGGAAAGAAAGCUGGAUAG